AUUAAGCUUGAGAUUAUAUGAUAAAGAAAAUAGUACCCUCAUCUGUUUUGGUAUUGUCAAUAUCAUAUAUUAGGAAUAAAAAAUAAUUGUUAUUCCUAAUAUACGAUAUUGACAAUACUGAAAAACACUCUGGUAAUAACUUCUAUAUAUUACAUAUGGAACACGCUAUGAACUGAUCAACAGUCUGAAUAAGCAAGUUGGUAUUCGUAUUACAGAAGGUGAGACGACAAGUCUGCAGGUUCGACUGGUGGAUGGGUCCUCGCAAUAUGAAGGCAGGGUGGAGGCGUUCUAUGAAAACGAGUGGGGCACGAUCUGUGAUGACCAAUUCGACUACUUGGACGCCACCGUCGUCUGCCGGAUGCUCGGUUUGCCCACUGACACGGCUACACCGCACAAAGGUGGUCACUUUCCGUCAGGAACUGUGCCGAUCAUGAUGAAAGAUUUAAAGUGUAUCGGAAGUGAGGACAACAUCGGGAAGUGUCGUUACCGAGGUAUUGCCACGAACAUGAUGUUGGGCAGGUGCUCCCACCGCGAAGACGUCGGCGUCACGUGUGCAGUUUUACCGGCCAUUCGAGUAGAAUCGUGCAUGGCAGACAACAGACAGACAGGAGACAAUCUGGAGACUUUGAAGAUCAUCGAUAACAGCUGUCCAUCAUCUGAGAUCGGGAAACUGAUGCGAGAGAAGCCGACCAGGUCCCCCGACACCACGAAGGUUACAUUCCAACUCCAGCCGUGGAUGUUUAACAAGUUCCUCGACAUCUCUGUGUCUUGCACCGUCAAAGUGUGUCCCAUGGGACAGACCUCGUCCUGUGAUCCGACCAACUGUGAUGGGGGAGGAGACAGGUUUGGAAGAAAGCGGAGAUCUCUUAAUGUCUCGGAUGAGUACGUCCGAAAGUCGUUCAGCAUCCGCAAGUCGUCUGUCACACAUCCGACACGGAAGUCGGAGAGUUUGGAAGAAACUGAUGAUGUCAAACUCAAUGUCACAACUCUGAUUGCAGCUGGCAUUGCCAUGGUGAUCAUCAUGAUGCUUGUCAUCACCAUUGUGGUCAUUUUGCUUCUGAGGAUGAAACGGUCCAAACGUAACUCCAAGGUACAGGAUGUGUGUCAACAGAAGCAGGCCACCUAAUUCCAGAGGAAACAUAAUCCACUUGUAGAAACAGA